CACAGACCAAAAAUAUUAAUAAUAUAGUUUCUUUAUUAAAAAAAGAAAAAACUCUUUCAGUGUAGAACCCUAGAAGCUUUCAUUUUCAUGGAAAAUCUCAGACAUUCUCGGAAAACAAACGGAGGUUCUUCUCAGGCUACACUCACCGAGCGAACGACAACUUGCAAUGGCGCUGCUAACUUCUCAGGCAAAACCAUGUACGACGAUGUUUUCGGUGGUCCGCCGAGGUUCGGUACUGCUAGUGGUCCGACUUUGUCACCGAGGCCCGAGGACUACAUCGAGAUUUUCGGCGGAUUUCAUGCGUCUCGAGGCGCGUCGAUUCCGGUGUUAGAUCUUCCCUUGGUAGACGACAACGACGAGGUGAUGUUUGAUGUACGGAACCCGAGGUUUAACUACGCCGAGGUUUUCGGCGGAUUUGACGGCUUGGACUUCGCUGCUUCGUACGAGGAGCUGAUGAGACAAGCCAAUGGUGGAGAUGAUCAUGAUUAUGAUGGUGAUUCAUCUGAAGAAGCUUGGAUGCAGGCAGAAACUGAGUCUAUGUCAGAUGGCUCAGAUCAUUCUGGAAAGUAUCAGUGCUUCUCGAAUGGAGAUUAUUGUGAGCCGAUUGAUAUCUGUAUGGAGUUCAAUAUAUCAUAUCAUAAGGCUAAUCUUGGAAACAACAGAGACAUGUCAAUAGGGGUUACGCAUGUUGCUGAGCUGCAUGCUGGUCCUGAAAAUGCUUGCAUAAUUGAAACUCCCUUGCAAAAGGCAGACAACAACAAUCCACCAUUGCAUGUGACUGAUGAUAUUGAUCUUGAGUUCACUGGGAGAGUUACAAAGGAAAAACAUCUUAGGAAACCUGUGUCCCAUCCUUCUAACUGGACUGCUGGUGAACAAACAUAUACAAAUGACUUAACUCGAAGAAAUGGCUCUUGUUCUAAUGAGAUGUUAGUAACAAUUUCAGAUAUCAACCUAAGAACAGUGCCAUCUGAUGGGCCACCUCCCUCUAGACCUCCGCCAUUUGUUGAUGUUAAAAAUAGAGACCAUCAAAAGGUUCAACAUGUUGCUUCUGGAGAGAGAAUGGGUGAUUGUUCGCCUUCUUUCUUUGAUGUUGAGAUAGAUGCAAGUUCAGCUGCUGCAGCCUCUGCUGCUACUAUGAAAGAAGCAAUGGACAAAGCUCAAGCAAAGCUGAAAAGUGCAAAAGAACUACUGGAGAGGAAGAGGGAGGGCAUCAAAAACUCUACAAAACUAGGUUCAAAGUCCGAUGGAAACGGUAAAAAGGAAAGGCCCAGUGAGGCUGUUGGUGGGUCCAGUGAUAUAAAGGAUGAGACAGGGCAUGGCAUGUACGGAAAAAAAGACAGUGGAAUGAAAAUAUCUGUUAGAGAGGAGAGGCAAAAGGCUGUGAAAAUCCAGGCACCUGAUUCACUGGAAGGUGAGAAACAUUUUAAUGUGCCCAAAAGAUUUGUAAUUGAGAAGCAUGGGAAGGAAUCCCAAUCAAUUCAAGAGUUUGAUGAAAUUGAUGGAGAUGAUGAAUGGCAGGAAGCAACUCAAUUUUUUGAAUUGGUUAGAACAGAUAAGUUAAGAACGGGUUUUGAGCAGACAAACAAUGAGAAAGUUUUGGUCCAGAGCUCGAAAUCUCAUGAGCUUCAGCAUAAAGCUAAAAAGGCAAGCAUCGGAGCUCUGGAGCAGCAAUUAGAAAGCGAUAAGAAAGUAGAAGCUGCUAGGGAAGACCAUGAACUGGAAAAAGUUGAGAGGGACAUGAAAACAGCAAAAGAAAGUUGUGAAAGGGGGGAAUCCACCAGAAUAUCAAAGCCAGCUAAAGAGGCCCGUAGGCAUAAAGGGCAUGAGAAAAAGGUAAAAGCAGCUUUAGAGGUUAGUGAACUGGAGGAGAAUGGGCAAUCUAUAUUAUCACGGAAACCUUUGGAAAAUGGUAAGAAAUCAACUGGAGCUGAUGAAUUAGUAAAACGUAAGAAGCAGGUAAAUGGUCAACAAAAAGGAAAUAAAGUUGAGGUUGGGCAGGCUAUGGAACAAAGAGUGAAUGGGCAGCAGGAGAAAGAGACUAGUAAAAGUAUUGAAAACACGAACAGAGUCAAGGAGUGUCAAGAAAGGGAAGAUGAGAAGAAAAGCUGGGGAGAGGUUUCUGAGCAGGAAAAAAAUGAGGCAAAACUUGAACAAGUUCUUGUAGAAGCAGAGAAUGAGAAGAGGCUGAGAGAGGCUGUUGAGCAGGAAGAAAAAGAGAAGAGAUUGAAGGAAGCUCGUGAACGAGAAGAAAUCAAGAAGAAGGAGGAGGCACAAGAACUAGAAGAAAGUGAGAAGAUAUGGAGAAUGGCUCUUGAACAGAUAGAGAAUGAGAAAAGACUAAAACGAGCAUGCCUGCAGGAAGAAAAUGAGAGAAGACAGAGAAAGGCUCUUGAAGAGGAAGAGAUGGAGAAGAAACAAAGAGAGGCUCAUGAGAAAGAAGAAAGUAAGAAAAGAGCAAAGCAAAUUACUGAGCAAGGAAAAGAUGAGAGACAAGAAAAGGAGGUUAUUGAAAGAGAGGAAACCGAGAAUAGACUAAAAGAGGCUUGCAAAAAAGAAGCAAUUGAUAAAAGGCUCAAAGAAGCUUGUGAAAAAGAAAACAAUGAGAAAAUGCUAGAGGAGGCAAUUGAGCAAGCAGAUUAUAGCAAACCAGUGAAAGAGGUCCAAGAUACAGAAUGUGAAGUCGAACAAAAAGUUGUUGAGCAGGAAGAAACUGAAGAAUUGCAGGGAUUAAACUAUGCGUACCAGCAAACUGAAAGGGGUGAAAACGGGAAGAAACACAAAAUUGCUGAAGGGACUCAUCAGCAUGUAGAAGGAGAGGAUCCUGUGGUAUAUGAUGAGGUAAAUAAACUGGAUUUUAGAAAGAAAUGCCAAGAAAAUCAAUUUGUUGGAAAUAAUGAUCAAAACUGUGAUGAGGUAGAAGAAACUGAAGAGUCUCGAAAGACGGAGGCUGAAUUCAGAGACGGUGAAAAGAAAUCAGAAGCAGUGACUAAAGGGGAUGUUGAUGGAAAGGUGAAUGCAUCUGGAACGGCACCUUGUGACUUAGAAGCUAAAGUUAAUCAGUUUAGAAAGGUUGAUGUCUCAGUCUUGUGUCAGCAAGAUGACGGUGCGAAGAAAGCUGGUGAAGCUGGGAUUGGCAUUGGAGAAAGAAAUGCUGAGAAGAUUAACAGUGUCCCUGGAAUGGACUCUGAUAAUGACAAUCAAGGGUUGAAAAUUGCUUAUGAAUGGAGGGAAAGAACAAGAAAUAUCAAGGAGGCCUCAGUUCCCUCCCAUCUUGAAGAAAAUAAGGUUAAGGAUGUGUCAGCUCAAGGUGUGAAAGAGUCUUUUGAAACUGGAAGGGAACCAGAAGAUGCCAAGGCAUCUGCGUUGCAAGAGAAAGGAAGAAUUCAGAGAACAGUUCAGCAGGUUAAGAUAAGUCAGAGCAUAGAAAUGAAAGACAAGAAUAUUAAUAAGAGCCUUACACCAGAAGAGAGGGAUGCUGAAAGGUUGCAAAGAGAAAGAGAACUGGAAAUGGAACGUCUUAGAAAGAUGGAAGAAGAAAGAGAGAGGGAGAGGGAAAGGGAAAAAGAUAGGAUGGCUGUUGAUAGAGCAGCACUUGAAGCUCCUGAAAGGGGAUAUGCUGAAGCCCGUGAGAGGGCAGAAAGGGCGGCUGUAGAAAGAGCAACUGCUGAAGCUCGUCAAAGAGCAAUGGCCGAGGCACGUGACAGAUUAGAGAAGGCAUGUGCAGAAGCUAGGGAGAAGUCUUCUAUGGAGGCCAGGGUCAGGGCAGAGCGUGCUGCUGUGGAGAGAGCAACUGCAGAGGCUCGAGAGCGUGCUGUGGAAAAAGCUAUGGCUGAAAGGGCUGCUUUUGAGGCAAGAGAGCGAGUAGAACAGUCUAUGUCAGAUAAAUUUUCAACUUCUUCUAGAAAUAGUGGAAUGAGAACAAGCUCUUCAUCCUCUGAUCUACAGGAUCAGCAUUUUCAGAGCACUGGCUCUUUUGGUGGUUUAAGAUACCCGUAUGCCUAUGCUUAUAAUGGAGUUGAAGGUGAAACAGCUCAGAGGUGUAAAGCUAGACUGGAGAGAUAUCGACGAACAGCUGAACGUGCAGCAAAAGCUCUUGAAGAAAAGAAUAUGCGUGAUCUUCUUGCUCAAAGAGAACAAGUGGAAAGAAAUAGAUUAGCAGAAACUCUGGAUGCUGAUGUCAAGAGGUGGUCGAGUGGGAAAGAAGGGAACCUGCGUGCAUUGCUUUCAACUUUACAAUAUAUCCUUGGGUAUGAGAGUGGUUGGCAGCCAAUUCCACUAACAGAAGUUAUAACUUCAGCUGCUGUUAAGAAAGCUUACAGGAAAGCCACUCUUUGUGUUCAUCCUGACAAAUUACAGCAACGUGGUGCAAGUAUUCAGCAGAAGUACACUUGUGAAAAGGUCUUUGAUCUUCUAAAGGAAGCUUGGAACAAAUUCAAUUCAGAAGAGCGGUAGUGCAAUCUUAGUAUG